AUGAAGUAAAACAGUGCAGGCGUGGACGGCGUUCGAGUUCAGUCAUUUCGAAGCGGGGAUAUUUGCGACUAAAUCGAUUGAACGUAACAUUUCCAUAGAUAGUAAAACAUAAAGGAAUAUUAUUCCGGGAAAGAUGCCUGACCCAUCAUAUAGAAUGAUGACUUUAUUGUUAUUGACGGAUUUCUGAAAAGAAAAACAGCGAAAAAACUUUGUUUAUGCGUCAGCGGGUCAGUGAUGUUUACGUUGUCGCGAAAUAAACAAGGCUUCACUGAUCGUGGACUUUCCGUGACUGUGUAAGUGCUCGUAUGACGUUAACAAUACGUUGCGGUAUAGUGGAAUUUUGGCGUGUGCGAAUGACGUGAGCGAUGGGAUGGGAAAAUGUGAACUUAUAUUUGCUUAUACCACUGCACAUGUGGAUGUGCUCUCAAGCCUCGUUUGUAGUGAAUGUAAACUGCUGGUGGAGUCAGAAGUUUCCUGUGGUGGAGAAUGUGGUGUGCGACACCAGUGCACAAGGAAGCACAGACCGUUGUGAACUAUGCCAGCUUUAUGUUAUCAUGCUCGAGCAGAGACAUCAGUUACCCAGUGCCUGUGCCAACACCAUUAAAAAUGUUCACAUUCCUGUUGCAUCAGAACAUAUCAGACAUAUUCGCUGUGAGCUCGAGUGCCAGGAAAAUACAGACGGAUUGUGCCAUGUUACAGUAAGAGAAGGCUAUCCUCCAUUUGCACCAUCCCGCCCUGAGUGUUCUAUAGAAGAAUUUGAGGAAGGAGACAUUCAUUGCUCUUGGUCUAGAUCCAAUGAGCCAAUGAUUACAACUGUUUACACCCUACACUGGCAAGAUUGUGAUGGGAAUGUUAACUCCAGAGAGAGUGAUAGUGACAAUGGAGUCAUAAAACGAAAAGAGUAUAUGAAAAACACUGACAUUAAAGUAUGGGUUACUGCCAAAAACCCGCUGGGUUCUGCACAGUCUGAAGAGUCUGUCUUCAACACAGGCCAUAUAAUUCGGCCAGACGCUCCCUAUAUUAUUAACCACACCUCUCAGCCACUGGAGAUCUUCUGGAAGAUGGACUGUUAUUUAUUUGGUUUCUCUGGCAUGAUGUGUCAAGUGCAGUACCAUACGCUCGAUGACAUGGACUGGACUGAGAUGGAUGGUUAUCAGGUCAUGUUUCAGUUGGAGGAACCGCAACCAUUAACAGAGUACAGUUUUCGUGUUCGCUGCCGCUGUGAAGAAGAGGAAGUUAUGAGUCACUGGAGUUCAGAGUAUAUAGUCAGAACGCCCCCUGCAGCACCGGUUGGACAGCUGGAUGUUUGGAGUGACUGUGCCCCUAAUUCAGACACGUCUUUCUGUAAUGUCUUCUGGAAGGUGAUGCCCCUGUCUCAGGCAAGAUGGGAUGUUAAUAACUAUGUAGUGACUCUGAAGCUCUACAAUGGUAAGGAGAACAAGCUGGUUACCAGGCAACAGAGAGAUACUGAAAAUCAGCCUCCUGACGAAAAGGGCUGCCAGAAGCUCAGGCAUUUCCCACUGCAGCCGGGUGUUAUGGGAGUAUUUGUGUCGGCCAAUACUUCAAUGGGGAUGUCAGACCCAACAUUUAUGGCAUUUCCUGUGAUGCGUCAUACAACACCAGAGGUGAAUCUGAGUGUAGUAGGAGAGGACAACAAGCUGUUUGUCAAAUGGUCCGUACCUUCUCAGAUCUCAGAGAGCACUCUGGAGUAUGUGGUGCAGCAUGUGUCUGUAGAACUAUCUCACACUCCCUGCCUGAACUGGGUCAGAAUAAACCGAAACCAGAGAUCUGUCACACUCACAGGUAACUUCAGGAACUACACAGCAUAUAACGUGUCAUUGUUUGCUGUCAUCAACAAUCACAGCACUUUCCUCAAGUCUGCAAUUGCAUACACACUUCAAGGAGUGCCUCCUGAAGUCUCACAGUUCCAGGUGAAGAACAUCUCUCACUCAUCUGUCACUGUGAUGUGGAGCCCUAUUCCAUUGCAUGAGAGUAAUGGUGUCAUCCUGCAGUACUCAAUUGGCCUCAAUGAGACAGGAGCUAAUGUGAGCAGUGACUCAACCAGUUUCCAGCUGUCAGGUCUGCAGCCAGCUCGGCAGUACCAGGCCUGGGUCAGCGCCGUGACCUCUGCUGGUGAGGGAGUGAGGAGCAUCACUACCUUCUCCACCAUGGAUAAACCUGGUUAUGUUACCCCAAUGCUGUUGGCUAUAGUCAUAGUCCUACCAUUGUUUGUGCUGACACUUUUCAUUGCUUUUGUUGUCCUGUUACCAACAUGGUGUUUUCCAAAGAUUCCAGACCCUUUAAACAGUCAAUCGUUUAAACAUGCAAACUUGCAGCAUGUGUGGCCUGGCAUCUGUUCUCCUUCAGAAUUAUCUUUAAAGAUCUGUGAGCUGGAGAUUGUGGAGGAACUUGUCCCCACUGCAAAUGCCCAUCUCUCAGAAACUGAACUAAUGGAUGUGGAGCCCCAUCAGAAACAGAUAGCUGAUAGAGUGCACAGAAAAGAUGGAGAUUUAAUUCAGCGGCUGGAGUCUGAAGAGUCAAACAGAGGAAACGUUUCAGAGCAUGGCGGUUGGACUAAGGACUACAGUGAAAUUGUGGACACUGAUGAGGAGAGUGGUGGUGGUGAUGAGGAUUGGGAGAAGCAAAAAUGUUACUCGGACUAUGAGACGCAUUUUAUGCCGUCUGUUGAGGCAAUUUAACGAUUACUUUUCACACUUGUGUGAACUGUACUGUAGUGCUUGAAAAAAUUAUCUGAAUUGCAAUUGUGGUGCUGAAGAACAGGUUGUGUAUUUUACUCUUUUAAUAUAAAGGUUCACACGGGUAUGGAAAUAUCAGGGAAUUUUGAAAUGGAAAAAGUCAUGGAAAUGUCUGUAGUUAAUAUGCAUUUUUCUAGUUGUACUCUGCUCUAAAAAUUUAAUUGGCUAUAAAUUGCUCUUUUGUGAGUGAUCUCUUAAAAAUCCUUAUACAGUAAUUUGAAAAAUUAGAAAAGUCAUAGAAGCAUCUUGGACAUUAAUUGGUCAAAAUGUGUGGAAAUCCUGAAAUAUGAAAAGAAUAUUGAAAAGUCACGUUGUUUAAUUGCAGAAUUAGCACAUCAUUUCAUGUUUACAAUUUUCCAAAAUACUCCAUACUAGCUCCAACGUAGAAAUAACAAUAGAUUUUUACAGAUAGAUACACAAUUUACACAUACAUGGACAAUUAUUUCAUUCUAAAACUGUAUAUAAUAAAAAUGUUACACAAA